CUUGCACACCUAAAAACGAUGGGGCUAUCAUUCAAUACCAGCCCUACUGUCAUCGAGGGAGUGGCGAUCGCCCACCUCCCUCAGAGGAUUAAUCUAUCAUCAGCUUUACCUUCAUACAAUGGCCUUACCUAUUCUAGUAUCGUUGUGUUCAUUAUAGGAGCUCUUCUGUCCGGAUUAACCUAUUCAGUCAUAUACAACUUAUGUCUUAGUCCAAUUGCUACUGUCCCUGGCCCAUUGACAGCAAAAUUAUCGCCACUAUGGUUGAUGCGCGCUGUGCGUUCUCAGCGCCUCAAUCAUGCAAUUCAAAGGCUUCACCAGAAAUAUGGCCCUGUUGUCAGACUGUCGCCGAAUGAGGUCUCCUUUGCUACGAUUGAAGCCCAAAACGCCAUUCAUAGACCCGGAGCUUCGGCCAAGCAAAACGUGUUCUUCACUAAAGACGGAACUCUGGAGGCGAUGAUGGGCAAGAUCAUCUGGCCUGCGACAAACCUACUCACAGCUACUGUGCCCGAGGAGCAUUCACGGUUGAAAAGAGCCUUGCAAUCAGCGUUUACUGAUCGUGCGUUACAUUGCCAGGAGCCGAUUCAACAACGUCAUACGGAUCAUUUGGUGAACCAAAUUGCACAAGCAUCCCACAGGGAUUGUGUCAUAAACUUGACACCUCAUUUAUCUCAGACGAUAUGGAACAUCAUCAGUGAUUUAUCCUUCGGAGAGCCUUUACUGAAAGAUCAACUUGGAAAGUUCGAGCGACUCAAAACGGCCUUUUGUAUGGCUAGCCCACUUCUCGAAGCUCUCCAAGUCCUACUAGCUGUACCGGGGGCUCAGACUCUAGUCCAAGCCUGGGUUGGCAUAGUGCCACUCCUCUUCUGGCUCCCGACCAACAUUCUGCCAUCUUCCACACUGCGAAAAAGACAUGAACGCCAAGACAAAAAUGAGGACUUUCUAACCGCAAUCAUGAGAUGUAGGGAGCUGGGCAUCCGACUAACAGACAAGGAGCUUCAGAGCAAUGCAUCUCUCCUCGUCAUGGUUGGCUACGACACUACUGCCACUUCACUGUCCGCUACUAUGAACUUGUUAUUGCGCCACCCGAAGCGUUUAGCAGAACUUAAAGAAGAGCUUCAGCAGCAUUACCCUUCGGCUGCCGACAUGGAUGCAACAUCCUUGGGCCAGCUCCCAAUGCUAAAUGGUUGUAUACAAGAGGCACUUCGCCUAUUUCCUCCUGCAAACGGCAAAGGCACCAAUCGGACGUCACCGGGUGUCAGCAUCGAUGGCGUUUAUAUUCCUCAAGGCAUAAAUGUCUCUGCGGAUAUGUAUACCAUUCAGAGAUCUUCAUUGUACUGGACUCGACCAGAUGACUUUUGUCCAGAGCGUUGGUUCAACAAUGGCCCCGGCACAGAGUUUGCCAACGACAUCCGCUCUUCACAUUGCCCAUUUCUCCUCGGUCCGCGAAUGUGCAUUGGGCGAGCUGUUGCACUACAGUCUAUGAGGAUGGUACUUGCAAAAAUUGUGCACUCGUUCGAACUGCAAGCUGCCGAGACGUAUAAUUGGGAAACUGAUGUUUCCAGCUCAUAUCUUUGGACAGGAUACAGGUGCAUGGCUCGAGUUGCACAUGGCCAAACCAUGCAUUAAAGGAGAGAAAAGGAGACAGUCAGCAUACCAGAGACUUACUCGGGGGUAUGGGGUUCAUUGGUUCUGGUGUUCCGUUCAAGUCUUCAAAUGGAAAAGAUAUGA